CCCUGAUUCCCAAAACAGGUAGCCACGCAGAAGAGAAUUUCCCCUCUUCCCUUCACCCAAUCUGCCUUCCUAAUCCCCAACUACUGAGUGCUGAGCUUUUCAAUUUCAGGCAGAGCAUGUGAACAACUGUUUUUAUCAAAAUUGUGGCCUGAAAAGAAGGAAAAAAAAAAAAAGAGGAGCAGGGUGUUUUUAGUCUAGGGUUUUCAGUGACUCCAUAAGGUAAAUUAAAUAUGGAUCCUCGAUACACUGGAGAGAUAUUCAAGCAUUUAGAGAAGCAGAAUGAGUUAUUAACGAGCACUUACAAUUCAAUGUCACAUGAAUUGCACAAGCUCCAGGUAGAGGAGGAAAUGCUGAUGCGCAAAUUUUAUGAUCUCAUGGCUGCUCAAGGGUUAAGUAAAAAGAAAGAAGGCAGCAACAAUGUUUCGGAUGGUGGCCGAACAGGACAGUCCACUGCAUCACUCCCAAAUACUGUUGAUAUUUCUGAUGGUGGAAUAGAUAGACACUCCAGUGCAAUAGCCCCAUUUACAGCUACUGAUGAACAGAUGUGAAGAUAUCAAGGUUGCUUAACUCUCUGUUUCAUUAAUUCGUGAAGGACAUUUUCUAAGAGAUCCUUUUGUUCUACCUAAUAUAGCUACGAAAUGUUUGAUGCUUUAUGGAAAAGGGGAUCUCAAGUAGCUCAAACAUGAUAAAAUUGUAUUUCUUACUGAUGAAUGACCAAAUUCUAAUGAAUAUGUGUUAUAACUAUC